AUGACACCAGUCGAGACACUGCCGUUGAGCACCUCGCAGACCUCUGCCACCUCAGGCGCAACCAAACGCGUCCUGUCCCAUGGACAGCACGUCGUCCUCAACUCCGACUCGGACUCGGACUCGAUGGCAGAGCUGGACUUCGGUCUGCCUGCGCCUAAGCUCAAGAUACAAACACACACAGGUCGCCCGAGUCGCAGAACAGGUCGCGGUGAGCAGGAGCUGCGCAGACCGCCCAAAGAAGGCAGGAAGAGUGCCAAACGACCCUUCAGUCAGCUCAUGGAGACCGCCCAAAAGAACCUGGACGCAGAACGCGAAAUUCAAGAGCGCAAGGCUGAUCUGGAGAGAGUGGAGGAACAGACUGCUCCUGUGCCUACGGCACUGGAUAAGGACACGCUUGAACAGGCCAUCAACGACGCCGAGGAUCCGGACCAAGCCGAUCGGCUGUUCAAGGCGAUGCAAAGAACGAACCAAGCACGCGCCCAGACCGCCUACCACUUCUUCGGAGAUACCCACCAGCUGUCGAUGGUACCAUCAUUCCCUCAAAAGAGCCUACCAGAUCGCGGCUGGACAGCUUGCUUCGAAGUCCCAUCCACUCGAGACCAGGCCUUCAUGACUGGCUUUGCGCACCAGAUCUUCCGGUUGCAAGAACUUCCAAAAGAGCUUGCUGCCUGGAUGAUAGAUCAGAUCUGUCUCGGUCGCGAUGCGGCGCUCGAUCAGAAGUAUCUCGAGAUUCUCAAGACACACGAGGAGCACCUGCAGAAACUACUCAGCCCAAAGAGGCUCGACGUCAUGUUCAAGUCAAUCGGCGCUCAGGUUGAAAGCCUGAGCGCCAGGGAUGAAAUAUCCAUGUCUGAAGCGCAAGCAGACGGUCCGCGGCCACCUCCACCGUCUCUGAAACGCAUUGCUGCUCUACUUACAACAGCUGCGCCUUGGCUUCAUGCAAGAGCUAGAAUUCAUGCAUUCCACCUGCUCUGUUACACCUGCUUAGACGACCGUGUCGUGCUAGACGCAGACGUUCUGAAUUCUGUUCAAGACGCCAUGGAAGCAAUCAUUUGCCAGUACGCCGACAAUCACAAGUUGACUUCAGGCGUAGGAAGCCCUCAACCGGAUGUUAUACAUUCUCUGAUCACUUCUCAGCUCGUACAUGUUAUCCCGAAACUGCUUUCGCGUGUAACAAACCCCCUCUUGCAAGCAAACCUCAUCCAUGCGUUUCCGACGAGAUCGCCCUUGACUGCUUACCUGCAACGAUAUCUGGCUCUGUCCUUCCUCCUUUAUCCCACCUCCGUUGACGUACCUCUCGCAGAUGCUCAGCUGCCCGACCUCAUCCACACACAUCUAGAAACGUCACCACAUUACCGCAUGAACCAAGGUACAGAUUACAGCUUCCUGACCGCUCGGCUUGCGCUCCUCGAUAUUGCUAUCGGACCUGGGCCGUUGAACGUGCCAUACAUGCCGCUUGUUAGCCCGCCACCUUCAGAAGCAGGCUCUUCUCCUUUCUUGGCACCAACACCUGGCUCUUCGGAGGUCAAAGUAUUCAACAGAGCAGUGGACGUGCUGGCUCAGCAUAUCAAACUCUUAGGCAACUCUAUUGUCGAGACGGGUGCAACUCUUGACCUGACCAUCUUGGAAGCAAAGGAACGUUGCGAAAGAGUAUACUGGCGGCUGCAACAUGCUGUGCGUAUCGGUGGGAAGAAAGCAGAUGAUGUCUUCGGUGACGAUGAGGAAGAGAGGCAAACGAAGAUCAGGAGCUUCCUCAAGCCUUUCCCCAAGAAUCCGGCACCAAAGGUGGAAGACAGCAUCUUCGACGGAGACGGCGAUACUGGGGUACCAACAUAG